CGAAGAGUUUUCGAAACUCAACCAACAACAGAUCAUUUUUGCCACAACAGGCAGUGCAGAGCUAAACAAAGCCGCGGGGAAAGAUGCACUACUAUCGUUAUGAAAAUGCAGAAGUCAGCUGCUGCUACAAGUACCUCAUGUUCAGCUACAACAUCAUCUUUUGGCUUGCUGGAGCAGCAUUCAUCGCCAUUGGGUUCUGGGCCUGGAGUGAGAAGGGAGUACUGUUGGACCUGACACAGGUGACACGGCUGCAUGGCUUUGACCCCGUGUGGCUAGUGCUGUUGGUGGGAGCGAUCACCUUCAUCCUGGGCUUCGCAGGAUGUGUAGGGGCACUAAGGGAGAACAUAUGCCUCCUCAAGUUUUUCUCGGGUGUGAUCGGGUUAAUCUUCUUCCUGGAAUUGACUGCGGCCGUGCUGGCGUUCGUUUUCCAGGACAACGUCAGAGAGUGGAUCAACGACUUCUUCCUGGCCAAUGUCAAGGCCUACAGAGAGGACAUCGACCUGCAGAACCUCAUCGACUCCCUGCAAAAGCUGAACCACUGCUGCGGAGCCAAGGAGCCUGACGACUGGAACCUGAACGUCUACUUCAACUGCACCAACAACAACCCCAGCAGAGAGAGGUGUGGAGUGCCCUUCUCCUGCUGCCUCAGUGACCCUACAGACUCAGUUUUAAACACCCAGUGUGGCUAUGAUGUCCGUAAACAUCUAAAGGGGGACUGGAUCAACUAUAUUUACGUCAAGGGCUGCAUCCCAGCCUUAGAGGAAUGGCUUCCACGGAAUCUCUACAUAGUAGCUGGAGUAUUCAUCAUUAUAUCUCUGCUUCAGAUGAUGGGCAUCUUCUUGGCUCGGACACUUAUUGUCGAUAUUGAGAAGGUCAAGUUUAACUACUAGUGAGGGGUGUGGUGGAAUGCAUAGGCCUACAGGGUACAGUACUGAGAGAGAAACUAUCCACCAGCCAUUCCACCCUCUCUCUGAUCUCCCUCUCUGAGACCUGGCAAGGGAUGAGAGAAGAGGACAAAUACUUCUUCCAUACCUAUGGCUUGUUAUCUUUGGACUGUUCUGUCAGUCUCUGCACAGUGGAUAUGAAGCUGCCUUAUUCAACUAGACUCUUAUGUGCCUUCUCUCACAGGAUUGCAGUCAGACUUCAAGGAACCUCUUAAAAAAAUACCCCUGAGUUUCCCUUUAAAUAUGUUUUUGUAUUAGAUACAUUCUUGUAUUGUUUGCCUCAGACACACUGAACAUCUUCCUCUCUUUCCCGGGAACAGUGUCUUAACCAAUAUACCCAGGUAGAAUCCUGGGUGAAUACAUCAUACCUCAACAAUGAUCCAAAAACAACAUUGAAGUCGUCAAAAGUGUUCAAACGGUGUGCUCUCUGGCCUGCAGCAUUCCAUGACUAGAAUGGUAGGAUUUCAGACUGGGCGAACAGUAAGAGUUGUCUACCACAUCAGUGAAGCUGUAAUUGCUCCAAUAUGAGACUUUGCCCUAGAGCUCUUUCUGAACCAACAGGAUCUCAGCAUCUCAUUGUGUGACGGCUAAUCUCGUCCACCAGCUGGCGCGCUCUCCAUCUAGCGUUACCCUUAGAACCUCCCCCUACAUUGUGGACAUCAAAGCUCGAGCAGCACGUGAUUUAAACAAGGAAGAGAGUUCAGAAAAUCUGAAAGUACACGUCUUUAGAAAUAGUUUUCACAUAUCAACUUUAUAUCCCGAACUCCGAAUCAAUUGAGCUUCUCAAAAAUAUGGUCAAUGUGAUAGAACCUUUAUAUUGAUUGGUGAUUUUUGCCAUAUUUCAGUUUAAUCUAACACAGCUGUAGCAGGCUCGCCCUCUCACACCUCGAUUUUAACCACACCCCUUUCGAAUCCUGCUUUAUUGCACAGUGUUACCAGGCUCUAUGUGACAGCAAUUUUAGCCUGGGGAUGAGGUUAUGUGACAGGCUUUCAACUGGAACCCCCAUUGUCCCUUACCUCUCAGCUAAACAUUGGGAAAAUUAUGUUAGCUCUUAACCAUUUGAAUUAGUCUGCAGCCGUUCAAACCCACAUGUGCACUGCUGAACCUCUGACCUGUUGUCAAUCAAGCCGUCUCUUUUCUGAGUCAUUUGUCUCACAUAACUUGUCAUACAUACUUGUCAGUCUACAACGUGCAUCAAAUGCUUCUGAGCAGAAUAAGUUAAGUAUUGAUCAUUUAGAUACAUACAAUUUUCCUUAAGGGAAAGAUAAUUGUGGAUUCAAUGUGUAUGUAGAUAGUUGACAUGUUUUAUUUUUAUCAGUGUUCGAUGACCCCUAAGUGAAGUAUUAGUUAGCCCUCAGAGUAGCAGAGUUUUAUUAUUUUGCUGUUGUGAUGAUGGGGCUUCCCGAUGGCACUUUAUGGAGAAAAUAUACAAUUACAAAUGUACUCUCCUCUCAUUCCAGAUUAUAUACCUCAACAAGGCACCCAGCAAUCUUCCAAGUGAACCCUGGCCUAACAUUAUUCAAAGUGUUCCGAAUGCGUAUUUGGCAGAGGUGUUUGCCUCAAGCCAGUUAACUGCCAGUCCCUCCACACAUUGAGCUUGCUUUACCGCCAUCCUGUCCAAAGGUACUCUGCUGUCCUCGUACUAGAAAGGGGAGCUUUACAGAGCCAUCUAUGGCAGGGUUGUGGAAUGUUGAGUCAGGAUAUCUUUGAUGGGGUUUUACAGCUGAUGAAUGCUGGAGUUGAGCUAUAUAUCAUAUGUUACAAGAUCAAAGAGGCAAAUGAAACCAAUGGAGUAGAAGGUCAUUCAGGCCUUCAACUCCUGAUCUGGUGGUGAAUGUAUGUCAUGUAGUUUGACAAUUCUUUGUGUGUAGUGUGUGUUACUGAUUGUUUCCAUGUAAUCAUAUGUGUUUUUAACAAAAAGGGACCUUUUUCAUAUGUAGAUGUUAUCUGUUUUACUUAAUGACAUUUUGUAAAUGUGAAUUUUCUUGAUAGGUUUUUAUAAGCAAUAAAGUAUGUUUGUCCAUUUUGUUAAACAGA